AUGAAGGGAGGAGUCCCGCAGGUUGGAGCUAUAAAGCCAGGGCGCAGCGGGCAGAGGAUGCAGUGGAGCUGCUGUGAGCGAAGAAAAAGCUUUCAUCAUGGGGAAUUGUGUGUCUGGAUGGGCAUCAACAUCUUCCUCUUUGUCUGGUUUUACUUCGUGUAUGAGAAUGGAGAACAGUUUUUCUACACCCGUCGCUUACUGGGGUCUGCCCUGGCCUGGGCCAGGGCUCCUGCAGCCGUCCUGAACUUUAACUGCAUGCUCAUCCUCCUACCAGUCUGCAGGAACCUGCUGUCUCUGCUGCGAGGCUCCUUUGUGAAGUGCAGCAGAACAAUGAGGAAACAGCUGGACAAAAACUUGACUUUCCACAAGCUGGUGGCGUACAUGAUCGGCGCGAUGACAGCCGUUCAUAUGAUCGCCCAUCUGCUGAACGUGGAGUGGUACAGCAACAGCAGACUAGGGGUUUACGACAAUCUCACCCUCGCUCUGUCCAACCUGGAGGACGACCCCAGCAUGAACACCACCUUCCUGAACCCCAUCCGCCAAAUCGACCUAUGGCUGCAGCAAAUCCCCACCUACUUUGUCUUCACGUCCAUCGCUGGCCUUACAGGCGUCAUCAUCACCCUGGCUCUCAUCCUCAUCAUCACGUCGUCCAUGGAGGUCAUCAGACGGAGCUACUUCGAGGUCUUCUGGUACACUCAUCACCUCUUCGUCAUCUUCUUCGCUGGUCUGGUCAUCCAUGGGAUUGGGUUCGUCGUGAGGAAGCAAACAGAUGAUUCGUUUAAAAAACACAACCCCCUUUUUUGUUUCAACCGCACUGAGGAUUGGGGAAAGAUCCCCGAAUGUCCCGUCCCUCAGUUUAGUGGAGGACCUGCGCAGACCUGGUGGUGGGUGAUCGGCCCAAUGAUGAUUUACGUGUGCGAGCGAUUGCUGCGCUUCAUUCGCUACAUGCAGAAUGUGCAGUAUAGAAAGAUUGUGAUGCGGCCGUCCAAAGUGCUGGAGCUGCAGCUGGUGAAGAAAGGCUUUAAAAUGGAUGUGGGACAGUAUGUCUUCCUCAACUGCCCGGCCAUCUCACAGCUGGAGUGGCACCCGUUCACCAUGACCUCUGCACCGGAGGAGGACUUCUUCAGCGUCCAUAUCCGCUCGGCCGGAGACUGGACGGACAAACUCAUCGACAUCAUGCAGAAGCUUCCGGAGGGAAGCCAGGGACCCAAAAUGGGUGUCGAUGGACCUUUCGGCACAGCCAGCGAGGACGUGUUCGACUACGAGGUCAGCAUGCUGGUUGGCGCCGGCAUCGGCGUCACUCCCUUCGCCUCCAUCCUCAAGUCCAUCUGGUACAAGUUCAAAGACAACGAUCCCAAGCUGCGCACCAGAAAGAUCUAUUUCUACUGGCUCUGCCGGGAGACGCACGCCUUCGAGUGGUUUGCGGACCUUCUGAAGGCGCAGGAGAAGGAGAUGGAGGAGAGAGGCAUGGGAGAUUUCCUCACCUACAAGCUGUUCCUGACUGGAUGGGAUCAGAGUCAUGUCAAUUACGUCACGGUUAACGUUGAUCGGGACACAGAUGUGGUGACAGGGCUAAAGCAGAAGACUCACUAUGGCCGACCCAACUGGGACAAGGAGUUUGAGGAAGUCCGCAAAGAGAACCCUACGUCCGUGGUGGGAACUUUUCUGUGCGGCCCGGUGGCUUUAGCGAAAGUCCUGGAGAAGAAAUGUGCCAAGUACUCCGACGUUGAUCCUCGCAAGACCAAAUUUUACUUCAACAAGGAGAACUUCUGAGCUAAAACAAAGGGAUCAUUGAUGAAGGAAGGCGGAUCGGUUUUGGUUGGUAAAUUCCUGUGACACAGAUCGUUAGUGACUGAAAAGGUGCACACUAACCUGUGCAAAGGGCAGGGACGGGUUUUCCACACAAAUCCACUCUGACAAAGCAAUGACAUAUUGUUGGUGAUCAACAUUUAUCAGGGUUAAACUUUGUUAGAGUUAGUCAUAGUGGUUUACAGUAAGCCAGCUGUAUUAAAGGUUUACUGGAUUUUGAGUUCCUGUUACCAUGAAGUCUAAUAAAAUGUACAGUCUGUUUGUUAUAGUGUUAAAAUAACCACCCUAAAUCAGCUGGGCUAUGAUGUUCUUAAAUGAAGUUUUUUUUAAUUGAAGUAGCCGUUUAUAUUCAAAGAUAUCUGUAGCAACAAAAAAAAAUCUUUGGACUAUAAAUGUAUUUCCUUUAAAAAUCAUGUCAUUUCCUGCUUGAUUUUUGUAUCAUUCUUUUAAAAUACUGUUUCCC